AUGGCAUGCACUUUGUCAUCCAUAACGAGCUCUCAAAUGACGAAUGCCACCAACAACGUGCUUCAAGAAGGCAGGCUUCGUCGGUCACUUUCGAGUAUUGAUUUGUGUCAGAGAAUGGGAAUGCGAAGAUCGUACUCAGAGAACCACCUCUGUCGUUAUAAAAAUCGUAUGACAGAACCGAAGUUACAGAACAGCCGUUCGAUGGGCUUCUUCAAUAUCUCGUUGUCAGAUACUCUUCGAUCAUUUUUGUUUGAUCCAGAAACAAACAGAGAGAUAAAUAUGGAGCAGAACCUUAUAGAAGUAGGUGACGAUGGAGAGAUGGACGUGGAGAAGAAGAGAGUGAAUUGGGUCGAAAAACUUCUAGAAAUCCGAAAUAACUGGAAAGAGAAACAACCGAAGGAUGAAGGAAACGUUGACCAAGAAAAUGAGAGAGAUUGUGAUGUUGAUGGUGGUUGUGAAGCGGAUUAUGGAGACGAUGAAGUGGAUAUGGACAUUGAUAGAGACACAUUCUCAGCAUUGUUGAAGCAUGUAUCCUGGUCAGAUACUAAGCUAUUUUCUCAGCUGGCCUUCCUGUCUAACAGGGCGUAUGUGAUUCCGGAUAUCAAGACCAGGGAUUUAACGAGAUAUUGUGGCUUAGAAUUCGUAGCAUCCUCCCUGGAGAAGAAGGCAGAAACAGCAGCUAUCAGAGUCAAAAUUGAGCAGGAUUUCACUAGUGUACCUGUAGCAACACCAGCAAUUACUGAUCCUCUUUCAGAAAAAAAGGAAAAUUCUCAACAAAGACGCUACACUCAUUCAUCUGCUGCUUAUGAAAUUGCAGUGGCAGCUGCAUCUCAUCUCCAAUCUCGUGCUAAGGACCUGAUAUCCUUGGGGUUUGAAUCCCAACUUACAGUUGAUGUUUCUUUAGGGGGAAGAGAUGAGUACCAAGAAAUGGAGGAAGAGAGUGUGAUCCAACAAAUUCACAAAUCAGAUAUGGUUGCAUGUGUAGCAGCUUCAACAAUGACAGCAGUUGUUGCCGGAGAUGAGAAGCAAAAACAAGAGGCAGCAAGAGAUCUUCAGUCACUUCAUUCCUCUCCUUGUGAGUGGUUUGUUUGUGAUGAUUCGAAGAUAUACACACGCUGUUUUGUUAUCCAGGGAUCGGACUCGUUGGCAUCAUGGCAGGCAAAUCUCUUUUUUGAACCCACCAAAUUUGAGGGAACAGAUGUUCCAGUUCAUAGAGGAAUUUAUGAAGCUGCAAAGGGAAUAUAUGAGCAAUUCAAGCCAGAAAUAAUGCAACAUUUGAAUAAAUUUGGAGAAAGAGCAAAGCUUCAGUUUACUGGCCAUUCUCUAGGGGGAAGUCUUGCUCUUCUAGUCAACUUGAUUCUACUAACAAGAAAGGUAGUUAAGCCAUCUGCUCUUCUACCAGUUGUCACUUUUGGGUCACCAUUUGUCUUCUGUGACGGUCAGAAAGUCCUCAAUAAGUUGGGCUUGGAUGAAAACUAUGUUUACUCUGUGAUGAUGCACAGAGAUAUAGUCCCAAGAGCAUUCUCCUGCACCUACCCUGAUUAUGCGGCUCAAGUCUUGAAGCGUCUAAAUGGCACCUUUAGGUCCCAUCCUUGUCUAAAGAAAAAUAAACUAUUAUAUUCUCCUGUCGGGAGAAUGUUUAUUCUGCAGCCUGAUGAGAAGUCAUCUCCUCCUCAUCCUUUACUUCCUCCAGGCAGUGCUUUAUACGCCUUGGAAAAUACCAACUGCACCCUUACCAAGAGAGCUCUUCGAGCAUUCCUAAAUUCUCCCCAUCCACUGGAAACUCUAAGUGAUCCCAAAGCCUAUGGUUCUGAUGGUACAAUCAUUAGGGACCAUGAAUCAAGCAGUUAUCUGAAGGCAGUGAAUGAUGUUAUCAGACAACAUACAAGGCUUGUCGUCAAAAAAGCAAGAGAACGGAGGAACCAGAUGUGGCCAUUAUUGACCUCACAUUCACCACAUGCAUGGGUCCACAAACCUAGUUUCGAAGAUAGGCUGGUGGCGAAGAAAAUAAUGACUGGCGUCUGA